AUGAUGCGGAUUUAGUAUGCUUGUAUUGAAAUUUAGGUCAUAUUUGUAAACAUUGAAAAUUCAGAUAAAUUUUAUAAAGCCUACUGUGGUCCAACUGUUUAUGAUGAGUAAUCUUUAAGACCAAUAAUGGGCUUAAUGUCUUGGAAUAUGAACUACACAAAAAUUGAUAAAAAUAAUAAAAUAAUAUAUGAAAGUAAUUUAGAAAGUGCCAUCCAUGAAAUUAUUCAUGGCUUAGGUAUUACUUAUGAUUACUUUUCAAAAUAUUAUGAUUCAGUAACAGGCAAGACUUACGAACUUCCUAAUUUUUAUAAAUAAGACAAUGUUACAUACUUAUCAACUCCAAGAUUAAUUAAUUUUGCUAGGUUUUACUUUAAUUGUUCCAAUCUAACAGGUAUUUAAAUGGAGGACAACGGAGGUCCAGGAACAAGUGAUUAUCAUUUUGAAAGAUUAUUGCUAUAUAAUGAGUUAAUGACUGGCUCAUAAUUAACUGGAAAUCUUUUAAUAACAGAUUUUACAUUCUAAUUAUUGUAGGACACUGGGUUCUAUCGUUUAUCAGAUUAUAAUCCAGAUUAAACUUAAUGGGGAAGGAAUAAAGGUUGUGAAUUUGUUAAAAAUUAUUGUAACAAUAAUUUUACUGAAUUCUGCUAUGAAAGGAAUGUUGAGAGUUGCUCAUAUGAAAGGACAGGACAAUCAAUAUGUAUGUAAGAAACAUUAGGUGGAUAAUGCAUGUAUUAAUAGAUUUAUACUGAUUAAUUGUGUAAGAACGAUUAAAAUUAGAUUUAAAAUAAAUCUUCAUAAAUUAUAUCUUAUUAUGGUUCUGAUAGCAUCUGCUUAAAAGGAUCAAUUUCACCAAUAGAAUCUUUUUAAAAAUUUACUUGCUAAAAGUUCUACUGCGAUGUAAAUAAUAAUUUGAAAAUCGUUAUUGGUGAUUUAGAAUUCGAUUGCUCUUAAUAAGCCUAGAUUUAAUUACCAAAUGGGUACUUUGGAAAUUUAGAAUGUCCUAAUAAUCCAGAGAGCGUUUGUUUAUUCAGAAAUGAUUGCCCUAACGCAUGUGGUAAUAAUGGAUUUUGUAUCAAUAAAUAGUGUAUUUGUGCUAAGGGUUAUUCUGGAUUAGAUUGUUAAUAAAAGUGUGAUGGUUACAGAUACUAAGGAUCUUGUUUGGAAAAUUGUCCAAAUUUAACAUAUCGCUUAGACUCUAUUAAAUUUUGUAUAGGAUGUCCUGGAAAUUGUGAAAGCUGUUCAAAUUAUAAUUAAUGCUUUAAAUGCAAGCCUGGAUACUUUUUAAGAGAAGGGUUUUGUGACAAUUUUUUGUUAAAAAAAGAAUUGGAUUCUUCAAAUUCACAUUUCGUUAAUGAGUAACAAUCCUCAAUCAUCUGA